GACAAGCUGACAUACUCAUAAUCUUCAUUUAUGCUUUUGCACUACUCAAAUGAUCAAAUCGCAACCAUGAAAAGAAAUUCUUAGUAUGAAAGCAACGGUUAGAUGUAAACCACGUGUGCUUAGCAGCAUUCGCCGCGAACACAGCUGCUGUCACAUCUUCUCCUCUCUCUCAGUAACAUCUGGAAGACUUAAGACCCGAGAAGUAAAUAAUGUCCAAACUCACUAGAAACAUACGAUCUGAAACAGUGUGUGUAACGCGACAUGAGUCAACUCGUUGCAAGGAGAGGUUUACGAGAUCUGCUUGUACACAGCAGAGUAAACUGUAACAUGUUCGCGAGGUGUGUUUCCGCCGCCUCAGUGGUUAGACGUGCAGGAGACACAAAUAAACCGACGCUAGUUCAUGACUGGUGCGGCGGCUUUGUCGGUUGCAACAUCCGUUCUGAGCAUGUGCAAGUAUACUUGAUGGGAGAUUUCAACAUGAGGUGGAGGAGGAUGUGUUCUGCGUCGGCUACCGAAAAGAAAGAUGAAAAGCCGAGGCUCGAUACGGUGAGGAAAGAUCAAGACGGCGGUGGAUCUGUGACGGUUCCGAGUUAUUGGGGAAUAGAGACGGCCAAAAUGAAGAUUGCUCGCAAAGAUGGGUCCAAAUGGCCUUGGAACUGUUUUAUGCCGUGGGAGACACAUCAAGCAGACUUAACGAUAGAUUUUAAGAAGCACCACGUUCCAAAGAAUAUGGCCGACAAAAUCGCGUACGUGAUAGUCAAGAUCCUCCGUGUUCCCACCGACAUAUUCUUUCAGAGACGUUACGGAUGCAGAGCAAUGAUGCUAGAGACAGUAGCAGCCGUACCAGGAAUGGUAGGAGGAAUGCUCCUCCACCUAAAAUCAAUCCGAAGAUUCGAACACAGCGGAGGAUGGAUCAAAGCGUUGCUAGAAGAAGCAGAGAACGAGAGGAUGCAUCUAAUGACGAUGAUGGAGUUAGUCAAACCCAAAUGGUACGAGCGUCUUCUAGUGAUACUCGUUCAAGGCGUUUUCUUCAGCUCUUUCUUCACUUGUUACGUGGUUUCGCCACGGUUGGCUCAUCGUAUCGUUGGAUACUUGGAAGAAGAAGCUAUACAUUCUUACACGGAGUUUCUCAAAGACAUCGAUGAUGGGAAGAUCGAGAACGUUGAGGCGCCGGCGAUAGCGAUUGAUUAUUGGAGGUUGCCGGAAGAUGCUACGUUGAAAGAUGUUGUCACUGUGAUUCGUGCUGAUGAAGCUCAUCAUCGAGAUGUCAACCAUUUUGCUUCCGACAUUCGUAAUCAAGGGAAGGAGUUGCGAGAAGCAGCAGCUCCAAUUGGUUAUCAUUAGCGACUCUAGUUUUAUAAAUCGUUUUAGAGAAUGAUGAAUGUACUAAACAUGAUCUUGGUUAGCAUAAUGGAACUAGAAUUGUGGAAGCUUCUUGGUCAAGUAAUGCUGUACAAUUGAUAAUUCAGGUUUUCAAUUAUAGAAAAAUAAUAUUUAUCAUCAAUUAUAUUUAAAAAUAUUUAAUUUUAACAA